UCUUUCCACUUAUUUUGCUUUGAUUCUCGGACGUGAAUCCUGACACCCAUUUUCUCACAGAAUGUCUUCAUCGUUCAAGGCUGGAUAUUUUCAGACAUGGGAGUUUCCCACGAAAGAUGAGGUUCUCAUCCACGACCAAUUAUACGGAGACCACUUGGUCACGGAGCCUGUGUUGGUCGAGUUACUCAAAUCCCCCGCAGUGCUCCGGCUACAGGGCAUCUGUCAACACGGGGUGACCGGAUUUCUCGGCCUCAGCCCUCGUGUUACCCGGCUCGAACACUCGGUGGGUGCGUUUCUGCUGGUGCGCAGCGUUGCGGCCAGUUUGGCGGAGCAGAUUGCCGCGCUCCUCCAUGAUAUCAGCCACACGACACUCAGCCACGUUAUCGACUGGGCCAUGUCGAAACCGGGGGAAGAAAGCUUUCACGAAGUGCACAAAGCUCGCUACAUCAAAAUGACCAACCUCCCGGCGAUCCUCGCAAAGCAUGGAUUCGGCGGCCUCGAACCGCUCGACGAAACCCUUUUCCCCCUGGUCGAGCGACCGGCUCCGCAUCUCUGUGCUGAUCGCCUCGAUUAUGCCCUGCGGGAUACAGUCGGAUGCGACAAGCUUCCUCUUCCACGGGCUCGGGAGAUCUUUGCCUCGUUGGUUGCGUUUCCCGAUGUCUCGCAUGCGGGCCGCUUGCUGGUUUUGAAGGACGCCGAGCUGGCUCUAUCCCUUGCUAGAGCGUACUUGGCUAUGGAUCGAGACGUCUGGUCGAAUCGGGCCAAUGUCGAUAUGUAUGCAAGGACUGGCCGGGUCAUUGCAACGGUCAUCAACCAAGGAUGUAUUGACGAAGAGCAGUUGUGGAAGCUGUCGGAUGACGACUUCUGGGCCCUCCUGCGUAAGGUAGCAGACCCGGAAAGCCUGAAAGCACUUACGCGCCUGGAAACCGAGGGUCUUCCGCAGGAGGAGGGGUUGGAUCUUCCACGGGCUGCCAAAAUUCGAACUAUAGACCCGGAUGUUUUGGCCCAGGAUGCCGAUACGCCACGUCCUCUAUCCGUAAUACUCCCCUCGUGGGGGGACGAGCGGAAGCAGUAUAUUCUAGGGCGGGAGGCAACAAUGGUGUGAGCGAGCGAAAUACAGGGUAGAUGUAUCUCGUGACAUAACCGGGGGCUAGAAACGCCUGGCGGGCGAUGUGUUGACGUUAACAGCAAGAGCAAUGAAUCUGGCCAUGGCUUCCUGAGAUCACAUCUGGCCUAUUACUGAGAGCAUGGAUAGACAAAUAGAAGCAGAACAGCGUCUUUCGACGAGAA